UAACGACGAACAGAACUAGCACAGUUUAUUUGCGGAUGCUAUAUUUACUUGUAACUGUAAAGCGAGACAACUCGAAAGUAGGAUAUCUUCAGUUACGACUUACUGCACAUGCACAAUACGCCACACCGGACUCUGAUAUGGUGACAACAUUGUUGAGAGUUGAGCACGACAUGCCAAACGCUGGCGUGCUGCAGGGGUUACAAAUAUGGGGAGGAGUUUUAGGGGCACUCAUGGUUUUCUACGGCGUGAUUCAAUGGCGAGCGGUGAUAAAUAGAGGAGGUUCUUAUAUUGCCAUAGUUCCACUAAUGGCUAGUUAUGUAGCUGACGCACUACAUUUUGCAACAUUACUAUCGACCCUUCACGCUCUAGCAGCUGAGGCUGGCACCCUUGGGCUGACGCUACCGUUAUCACAGACAGAGGAACAAGUAAUUGAAGUCGUGACCUACACUUGUCUUUCUUUGAAGUGCCUUAAAAUUCUUUGGAUAAAUUGGAACCAAUGCCGAUAUGACAUAUUUUUCCUGGAUUGGUCCAAAUAUAACCCAACUAUCGAAGGUAUUCAAACCAAAUCAAACGACUGGAAAUCAGAUUUGUUAGCAAGAGAAUGGAUGUCGUUGCAAACAAAACGAAGGGUUUCACCUGGUUAUACUGUGACUAUCACUUUAUUCGUUUUACACUUUCUAUCACCGUGGCAGUCGUCUAUACCAAAGAGCCAAGGCUACAAAUGGGUAAUAGCAGUGAUUGCUUUAUGGUGCUCAUACACGGGCCUUCUUUGUACCCGGUUCGUCAUUGACAAGUUGGUUGAACCACAUUCGGCCAGGUUGCUCAAGGUUUGCACCGAUCUUGAAAUAUCGUUGUUGGUCUUUCAAGAGGAGUUUUAUGCCCAUUAUGUAAAUGGACGUAAUGGGGACUCAAUGGAUCUAAGGUCAAUGACGCAUCCUCUAUCUUCAUGUCGUAUCGUAUGUGCACCUCAACUAAGGUACGAGUAUAUUAAAAAUGUUUUUUCAGGCGUUCUAACGGACGGCCAUACAAACUGUGAACUUAUGACUCAAUUUCUGGCUGCAUUUAUUGAGAGAGCUUUAGACGGCCUGAACUGGGUUGCUAGUGAAAGAACCAUGAUGGAGAGGUUGUUUGAUGUGGAAUUCGUUUCAAGAGAGGGUGGCAACAUUAGCGUACUUUUGUAUGACGCCGACGUCACAACACCUUCGUGCUUUGCUGUUACGUGCCCUGAUGAUCUUUCCACCGCGAUCCUGCGUCGCAAGGACAGGCCCAACCGUCUGAUCGUCGAGGAGGCUGUGAGCGAUGACAAUUCGGUGGUCGCAUUAUCGCAGGCCAAAAUGGAGCAGCUACAAUUAUUCCGCGGCGACACGGUCCUUCUGAAAGGCAAGCGUCGCAAAGAGACUGUCUGCAUCGUCCUCUCAGACGACAACUGUCCGGACGAGAAGAUCCGCAUGAACCGCGUGGUCAGGAACAACCUGCGCGUGCGACUGUCCGACGUGGUGUCGAUCGCGCCUUGCCCAUCUGUCAAGUAUGGAAAGAGAGUUCACAUCUUGCCUAUCGAUGAUUCCGUUGAAGGUUUGACUGGAAACCUAUUUGAAGUAUACUUGAAGCCGUACUUCAUGGAAGCGUACCGGCCCAUUCACCGCGACGACACGUUUAUGGUUCGAGGAGGUAUGCGCGCCGUGGAGUUCAAGGUGGUGGAAACAGACCCGGCGCCCUACUGCAUCGUGGCGCCCGACACCGUUAUACAUUGUGAAGGGGACCCCAUUAAACGCGAGGAAGAGGAGGAGGCCCUUAACGCGGUAGGCUACGACGACAUCGGUGGUUGCCGCAAGCAGCUUGCUCAGAUCAAGGAGAUGGUGGAGCUACCGUUACGUCAUCCUUCACUCUUCAAGGCAAUCGGAGUGAAGCCUCCGCGCGGUAUUCUCAUGUACGGGCCGCCGGGAACCGGGAAGACACUCAUUGCACGCGCUGUAGCUAACGAAACAGGCGCAUUCUUCUUCCUGAUCAACGGUCCGGAGAUCAUGUCGAAGUUGGCCGGCGAGUCGGAGUCCAACCUGCGCAAGGCUUUCGAGGAGGCCGACAAGAACUCGCCCGCGAUCAUCUUCAUCGACGAGUUGGACGCCAUAGCUCCCAAACGUGAGAAGACGCACGGGGAGGUCGAACGUCGUAUCGUCUCGCAGUUGCUCACACUUAUGGAUGGUAUGAAGAAGUCUUCCCACGUGAUAGUAAUGGCGGCCACUAACCGGCCGAACUCGAUCGACUCGGCUUUACGUCGCUUCGGUCGAUUCGACCGUGAGAUCGACAUCGGCAUUCCCGACGCGACCGGUCGUCUAGAGAUCCUGCGUAUCCAUACCAAGAACAUGAAGCUCGGAGACGACGUUGACUUGGAACAGAUAGCAGCAGAGUCUCACGGUCACGUGGGCGCAGAUCUUGCCUCACUGUGCUCCGAGGCUGCUCUUCAACAAAUCCGCGAGAAAAUGGACCUUAUCGACUUGGAGGACGAUCAAAUAGACGCAGAGGUUCUCAACUCACUCGCCGUCUCCAUGGAUAACUUCCGUUACGCGAUGACUAAAUCCUCACCAUCGGCACUCCGCGAGACAGUCGUGGAAGUUCCCAAUGUGUCGUGGACGGACAUCGGCGGUCUGCAGAACGUAAAGCGCGAGCUGCAGGAGCUGGUGCAGUACCCUGUGGAGCAUCCCGACAAGUUCCUCAAGUUCGGCAUGCAACCCUCGCGCGGGGUGCUCUUCUACGGCCCUCCUGGCUGCGGUAAAACACUCUUGGCCAAAGCCAUCGCCAACGAGUGCCAGGCGAAUUUCAUUUCCGUGAAGGGUCCAGAACUGCUCACCAUGUGGUUUGGUGAAUCUGAGGCCAAUGUGCGAGACAUCUUUGAUAAGGCCCGGUCAGCGUCCCCCUGCGUGUUGUUCUUCGACGAGUUGGACUCCAUCGCGAAGUCCCGCGGGGGCUCCGUGUCGGACGCGGGUGGCGCGGCGGACCGAGUCAUCAACCAGAUCCUGACUGAAAUGGACGGCAUGGGCGCGAAGAAAAACGUGUUUAUCAUUGGCGCGACAAAUCGGCCCGACAUCAUCGACCCGGCGAUCCUGCGGCCGGGCCGCCUGGACCAGCUCAUCUACAUUCCGCUGCCCGACGAGAAGUCGCGCGAGGCCAUCCUGCGCGCCAACCUGCGCAAGUCGCCCAUCGCCAAGGACGUGGAUCUCACGUACAUCGCUAAGGUGACGCAAGGCUUUAGUGGUGCGGAUCUGACGGAGAUCUGCCAGCGCGCGUGCAAGCUGGCCAUCCGGCAAGCCAUCGAGGCGGAGAUACACCGCGAGAGGGCCCGCCAGCAACAGCAGGCCGCCGCUGUUAUGGACAUGGACGAGGAGGACCCGGUGCCGGAGAUCAGCCGCGCGCACUUCGAGGAGGCGAUGAAGUUCGCGCGGCGCUCCGUGUCCGACAACGACAUCCGCAAGUACGAGAUGUUCGCGCAGACGCUGCAGCAGAGUCGCGGCUUCGGCACCAACUUCAGAUUCCCCGCGUCAGGGGCGGCGUCGGGCGGAACAGGGACGUCGGGUGGGGAUCAACCCACCUUCCAGGAAGAGGGCGGCGACGACGACCUGUACAGUUAAGUGCCGGGUGCGCCCCACCCCGCGGCAGCAAUCUGUGAACGCACGCUCUGCAGUCGUAGAACUGACGUUAUUGCAUAAGAAUUAUCUUAUAAAUAUACUUUAGGAGUACGUUUCGGGGACCGUACGUAAAAUACGUCACGUAUCAACUCUUUUAUUAUUUUUAAUUGUAACCGUAAAUCUUUCGUUUAACUUGCCCAUUUUCAUAUAGCGACCUUGUAUCCAAUAACAGAACAUUAGAAAAAUUUAAAGUAAUUAAUGGUACGCGUCUGCACUUUCGAGAUUCGGCAAAUGAUUCGAGUUCGGGCUAACCUUAUAUGUUCAGCAUUAGGCAAAUUAACUGGCCGAACUGUUCGGGAUACGGGAUCAUGUAUUGUUUUUGGCAAAUUUUUAAAUAAAUUUGGCAAAUCAGACAUUCUGUGGCAGCGAAUAGUCCUCCCUCCCGGAAAAAACACCAACCAACCAACCAACCGAUUGCCGCGAGCCACAGAAUUCCCGAUAUCACGAAUCAUUGCCGGAUCUCGACAGUGAAAAUUAUCCUCUGAGCACUUCUGUAUAAUCUGUGUAAUUGUGUGCCGCACACUCAGGGCAAACGUUAACUAAUGUUGGCAAGUGAAGGAGUGUAGAGAGGCCUUGGUCAAGACAAAAAGUCUAUAGAACAUACUUUGUCUUUGUUCAGGCUUCACUAUCAAGCUAAGACAAUGCCAGUAUUUAUAAAGCUAACUUUUUAGGAAAAGGUAGAUUUUUUUAAUGUGUCCCUAUUACAUAUUAUAUUUCUUUUUUAACAUUGCUGAAACACUUUAGUGUACGUAUUUUACGGACUGGGUGCCCCUUACGAAUGCAUUCUGGGUGUUUUGGACGAAGUGUUGCAAGCACGGGCACCGUUUCGAAAUAUAUUUCAUAGACAAUAGAAUAGACCAGUCUGACUGGCGUCGCAACUCCGAAUGAACAUGUAUAAGUAUUUAUUUUAUAAUUCAACCAUCAUUUUGAUUCGCUUAUGUUUAGUUGUAUUGUUUGGAAGUACCCGCGCGGCCGGGCUGUGUAUGGUCCUAUGAUAAUGUAAUUGUUACCCGUAAUUGUCAGAUCGUGUGCGUAGGCGACGUCGGCCUGUGCCGACAUUACACAAUAUCGCAGUGAUUUUUAUUGAAUAAAAGAUUUUUAUAGUCCAA